GCUCCACAGUAACCUUUUCCCUAUUGGGAUGUUGUCGCGAUUAAAUUUAUUUGCUUUGUUGCAUCAAACACUCUCUUUCAGGGGAAGCGGCCAGAAAGCAGGUUGAAACGGUUGCCAGCGACAACGGAAAUUUCAGCAGCAACGAACGAAGCUCUUCAUUCACCUUGGUUCGCCCACACUCCCCUCUUAACCAUCACCGCUACCUUGGGGGAAGAGGGAAUACUGUACCUAUUCUUACAGAGAAGUUCUUGUUGAGGAAAGAAAGGAAAGAUGGCUCAACAACAGUGGAUCACUACGCAGGAUAAGACGUUCAGGAAGUGGCUCAAUACAAAGCUAUCUGCUCGAAACAUCCCCCCCGCACAAUCUUUGCAGAAGGACCUAGCUACUGGAGUACUAUUGAUCCAUCUCCUCGAAAUUCUCGGCAAUGAGUCUCUAGGAAAAUAUGCGUCUAAUCCACGACUACGGGUUCAAAAAUGCGAGAAUGUUCACAAAGCUCUCGAAUAUAUUCGUGGCAGAGGGAUUCAACUGUUUAACAUUGGAGCAGAAGAUAUAGUAGACGGAAAUUUGAAACUUAUUUUAGGUUUAUUGUGGACCUUGAUUUUGAGAUUUACCAUCGCCGACAUCAACGCAGAAGGCUUGACCGCAAAGGAAGGCCUAUUGCUUUGGUGUAAGCGCAAGACUGCAUGCUACGAAGAAAUUGAUAUAACCGAUUUCUCUACGAGCUGGAACAAUGGCCUAGCAUUCUGUGCACUCUUAGAUUUCCAUCGGCCAGAUCUAAUCGAUUACGAUGCUCUUGACAAGUCAGAUCACAAAGGCAAUACAGCGUUAGCAUUCAAAAUCGCCACCGAGGAGAUUGGAAUUCCUGCACUGCUCGAUGUGGAGGAUGUUUGUGAUGUGGCGAAACCUGACGAGCGCAGUUUGGUGACCUAUAUCGCCUACUGGUUCCAUGCAUUUUCACAACUCGAGAGGAUUGAGACAGCGGGAAGAAGAGUGGAGAAGUUUGUGGAAGUAAUGCAGGGAGCUUGGGAAAUGCAGCACGGCUAUGAAAAGAGAAUGGCUGAGUUACUGCGGCAAAUGCACGAGAUGAAACAGCAAUGGUCCACAGCUACCUUCGUUGGAACAUAUUUCGACGCUAAGCAACAAUCUCAGAAAUUUUCAUCAUACAAGCGUACUCUAAAGCGAGCAUGGGUGGCCGAGAAGGCAGAUCUUGUCUCCCUAUUGGGAAAUAUUAAGACCAAACUUAGCACGUACCGACUGAAGGACUACGAACCACCGGCUCACUUGAGUCUGGCCAAUUUGGAUCUGGAAUGGAAGAAAUUGCUGCAAGACGAGAACAAACGGAGUAUUGUGAUUAACGAAAAGAUUCGCGAUAUCAAGGAGGGGUUGAGACGGUCAUUUGCAGAUGCAGCCAAUGAGUUUGCCCUAUGCCUAAACACCGUUUCACUGCAGAUUAGCGAGCUAGACGGGGAUCCUGAGCAUCAAUUACGCAUCGUACGAACAUUGCAUCGGAACAUAAUACCGUUGGAACUAGAGCUGAACAGAAUCGAGAAGCUCUCGGACGAUUGUGAAGAGGCCAAUAUCGAAGAAAACGACUACACCGUUUAUUCCUAUGACGAACUUGAGUAUGAGUAUGGGCUUGCGAAAGAGAGUGUGGCGAAGAAGUUGAGCUUUUUGGAUAACCAAAUCGUAGCAAGAAGUAUGACCAACCUGACCCCAAUCCAGCUGGAGGAAUUUGAAUCAGUGUUCCGUCACUUCGAUCGCGACCUCUCCAACUCGCUACAAGAAAUAGAGUUCUCAGCGGCCCUGGCAUCACUCGGGUUAGUGUAUGACGAGGAGGAAAUGCACGAAGUCUUCAAAGAAGUAUCUGCUAGAGGCCGCAGUGUGACGUUCGAGCAGUUCAUCAGGUUCAUGGUUGAGGUUACUGAGGACCAGAAUAGCGCUGAACAGGUAUAUCAGAGCUUUAAGGAAGUGGCAGAUGGAAAGCCUUAUGUCACUGAAUUUGAUCUGAGGCACAGCUUGGUUCCGGACGGCAUGAUCGAGGAGCUGGUUUCGACGAUGCCAAAGGUCCGGGCUGAAGAUGGUGAAGUAGGAUUUGAUUACGAAAAGUACAUGGAGGGCCUGAUGGGGAAAAAGCUAGAUACUAACGGAGUACACCAUUGAGUUCUCUCUAUGUGUCUGAGUCAUAACUCAUGACGUCCCGCUCCUUGCGCUAUUACAGGGUUUCUUCUUUUCUCUUAUUCUGAUUAAGUUUCUCUUCCCUUCUCUCUUCCCUUCCCUUCCCCUCCCCUUCUCCCUCGCCGGCAUGGGCAAGCACAGCUUGGGGAAGGAAGGUGUCAGGUUGGAGCCCGGUCAACUACGUUUUUCUCAUAUCCCUUUCCACUGUCGAAUCGCACGUUUUGGAGGCUGGUUUGUGUCCCCUUUCCAAAAUGUGUAUCGAGUAUUGUAGUGUAAUAAUCACCCUCUUCUCUUUCUCUUCUUUCUUUACACUUUCUUGGUUAUUUUGCAAUGUGGGAAGCGAUAUCAAUUGCGAACUCGAAUAAAUGAAACUCAACGUUUUUGG